AUGUGCGUAACCUGCGUCCUGGUCAAAGCUGAUGUUGUUGUUUGUUGUGGCGCAGUGUCCACCCCAUUGGGCCAGGGUCGGGUGAACCAGCUUGGCGGAGUGUUCAUCAACGGGAGGCCGCUGCCAAAUCACAUCCGACACAAGAUAGUGGAGAUGGCCCACCACGGCAUCCGGCCGUGCGUAAUCUCGCGACAGCUGCGGGUGUCUCACGGCUGCGUCUCCAAGAUUCUCUGCCGGUACCAGGAGACCGGCUCCAUCCGUCCCGGAGCCAUAGGAGGCAGCAAGCCCAGGUGUGAUGGAAAGAUCGAGAGAGAAAAAGGGCUAAUCACCCAUUUACUUUUUUAUUUGCCAUUAGUGAGCUCCAUCAGCCGCGUAUUGAGGGCCCGAUUUGGCAAAAAAGAUGACGAGGAUGACUGUGAUAAGAAGGAUGAAGAUGGAGAAAAGAAAACAAAGCAUAGCAUCGAUGGCAUCCUCGGUGAUAAAUGUAACCGCACAGAUGAGGGCUCAGAUGUAGACUCGGAGCCCGACCUGCCCCUGAAGAGGAAGCAGAGGCGCAGUCGCACCACGUUCACCGCUGAGCAGCUGGAGGAGCUGGAGAAGGCCUUUGAACGGACACAUUACCCAGACAUCUACACCAGAGAGGAGCUGGCUCAGAGGACGAAACUCACAGAGGCCAGAGUACAGGUGUGGUUCAGCAACAGGCGAGCUCGAUGGCGCAAACAGGCUGGAGCAAACCAGCUAGCGGCCUUCAACCACCUGCUUCCUGGAGGAUUUCCACCCACGGGCAUGCCCACUCUACCCACGUACCAGCUCCAGGAGUCCGGUUACCCCGGCACCACGCUAUCACAGGAGGGCGGCAGCACGUUGCACAGACCCCAGCCCCUGCCUCCAUCCUCCAUGCACCAGGGAGGUCUGAGUGCCGAUGGCAGCUCCGCUUAUGGCCUGUCGUCCAACCGCCACAGCUUCUCCAGUUACUCUGAUACUUUCAUGAGCCCCUCUGCGUCCAGCAACCACAUGAACUCUGUUGGUAACGGCCUCUCCCCACAGGUGAUGAGCAUCCUGAGUAACCCCAGCGCCGUACCCUCCCAGUCCCAGCACGACUUUUCCAUUUCCCCCCUGCACAGCAGCCUGGACGGCUCCAUCCCCAUCUCGGCCAGCUGCAGCCAGCGCUCCGACACCAUCAAGGGUGUGGACAGCCUGUCCUCCUCCCAGUCAUACUGCCCCCCCACCUACAGUGCCACCAGCUACAGCGUGGACCCCGUCACCGCGGGCUACCAGUACAGCCAGUAUGGCCAGACUGCUGUUGACUACCUAGCCAAGAACGUGAGCUUGUCCACCCAGAGGAGGAUGAAACUCGGAGACCACUCGGCCGUGCUGGGACUCCUGCAGGUGGAGACGGGACAGGCCUACUGAGGCCCUCGGGACGCACCCCGGACCUCUCUCCUCCACCCUCUGCCACCCUCCUCCAUGCUCCAUCAAGUCUGGACUCCCAACUCCAGCUCACCUCUCCGCUGCUCGAUCUGCAGCCCAGGCCAUGACAUCAGCGCACGGGCACACACACGCAGCCAUGCAGUGUUAUCAGCGAAAAGUGACGCUUGUGGGUGUGAGAAGGAUCAUCAAGGAGUGAUGGAACUAAAACUUUUCACACCAUCGUCAACCACCAGGCGGCUCUGCACCUGCUCUCCUCAAAUCUUUGGGCACCCCUAACUGCUCCUUGUUCUCACACCCCUUCCCCGAACCCGGUUUUGUUUUGCGGGGCCAGACAGGACCCCAGACGACCCAAGAAUGGUCGGCUGCCUUGGGCCGGUUUCCCCUUUGUCAUGGCUGCAGCCCAACACACAUUUCGAGCCAUCAACAACAUGUACUCUGACCUAGCUGUUCAUAGUAGUUAACAAAGCCAAUAUCAUUUAAGUGACUCUUAUUCUCGUUCCUUUUUGAUAUUGUUAAGAUUAUUGUUGCUGUUAUAUGAUUAUGGUUAAUGUGAUUUACGUUGUUCUUUGAUUCCACUCGUAUCUCUUUUCUCUGUUAGAUGUCGGUCUGUAAAAACACAGUGGAUGACUGAAACCAUUUGGGAGUUGCGUGUCUGUUGCGUGUGCAUGUUUGCGUGUCGGCACAGUCACACCAGAGAGGAUGAUUGUUUUCCAAGCUGCUGCUCCUCUGCCUGCUCCCUGAGCUCUAACGCUCAUGAGCGAUUUGACCUUCCCACUUUCAUAUUCGUCUUGACAUUCCUAAAGAACUUGGCCACUCUGUGGGAAGUCUGGCUGGAUGGAUUCUGCAGGGAAUUCAAUCGGCGUUUUGUCGGCCAAUAGUUUUCCCCUUCUAACCUCCAUCCCAUCCUUAGCCAUGGUCCGUGGGGAGGCGAGCAUUGUUUGCAAAAACAGGAUUGGGGAAAUUAAUGUAUUUUGUUUAGAAAUAUGGACCUUGCCAAGGAGGGCUAACUCGAUUCCCCCCUCUGCUCCUCCCAAAUCCUCCUCUACCAGGGAAUCUGUGUGACUUAAACAGUGUAAAGCAGAUUAAAUCACACAAAUAUAGCGUCGACACUAAUUCACAGUGACCCUUCCCAUCGCCAGCCAGGAUUCUGUUUUUUUGUGUGUGGAGUAUUUAGCACAUUCUGUAAAUGCACCUUCAGUCAUUUUUCCACUCUCAGACUAAAUAAUCAUUCCUUUUUCCAGACAUUCCUCAGGCUCCAUUUAAAAACAUACUAUGAGCAUUCCAGCGCUCUCUGUUAUGAGAUUAAAAAGCACACAAGCUGUGCCAUUCACAUGCAUGCUGGAAAAUCAUAUAAUCCAGUCAGUUGUGAAAGGGCACAGGUAACAGCAAUGAUUGCCCCCAUCCCCCUCCGCACCCCCCACCCCCCCACGUCCAAUCCCCCACUUUGACUUCCUCUCUGAAAUGUACAAAAAGAAGAAAAAAAACCUUAAAGAAUAGUGAAUAUGAGACGUUUGUGUAGCACUCAUAGUUGACUUGACACAAUGCAGGACCUGCUGUUCCCUUGAGAUGUAUUAUUAUUUGUCUUUCAUCGACAUCAGUGCGAUAUUGAUGAUGUUUGUUAACUUCAUCUCGAGACAGAAUUAGGUCCUUGGUCACCUUCUAAAAACUGAAACCUGUACAGUAGCUGGAGCAGAUUGUGUAUUGUUUGUUUAUAAAGAGUAUGUUUUAUACUAAAACAACACUAUGUGGAGUGGUAGGUGAGCAAGGGAUCUGUGGAAGUAUUAUUGUUUGAGUUGGCUUUUCAUUAUGAGUUUCUUUUACUUGUAUUUAAUUGGUUUUUAGCUGUUUUGACCAAAAGUUUUGUUUGUUGGUUGAUUUUUGGGCCCAGGUGAGAAUGAAUUUGUAUAAAUUUAGUAAAAUAUAAAUUCCAUGAAAAAAAAAAUUAAAAAUUGUAUAAAAGGGGAUCGGACUGAAACACUCCCUGGACCACAGGACCGCUGUAUAUUUGAAAAAGUGGCCGGAUGAACGUCUUCGCACGUCAGAGCGUUUUGAGGGUGUUCAUGACCACAGACUGAUUAUUGGUGCAGACUGGACUCGACUGGACCCUGAACCUAACACACCUGAACUCCUGAGCCUGUC